UUCCCCCUGAAUGACGCACUCUUCUUUCCAGGCGGGGUGUUGUCUCCUGCCUAAGCUAUCCUGUUUAGUAAUUAGUAAUAGUUAAUUAAUUAGCUUUAAUUAGUUCAGUUCCUCGUUAUGAUGGAUUAUUGCCAUGUAACAGUAUUUGUGUUAUUUAUUUGUCUCGCUGCGUGUGGUUUUAUUCCCGUCACUGGAAACAUAAACCAGAAACUGCACUAUUUUGAAACCCUGAAAUCUACAGACAUUCACAUAAUCACUAAACGUAGCAUUGACGCCAACCCCCAGUCACACCUUAAGUUUGUACACCUGAAAGGACUAGGCAGGGACUUCAGUUUUUAUUUACGCUCCAGCCAGCAGGUUUUGACCCACGAUUUCGAAGCCACUGUAGUCGAUGCAGACGGUCACGAAUCUUCACUCUUUGUUGAUAAGAAUGCCUUUUAUCAAGGAGCGCUACAAGACGAUGCUCAUUCACAUGUUGAAGCUGUAUGGGAAGGUGAGGACUUACUGGCCACCAUAACCACCCCUAAUGACACCUAUACAGUUGAGCCCUCUUGGCGUCAUCUUCCCAACAGCAAGAACCAUACCAUGAUCAUUUACAAAGGCUCAGAUGUCGUCAGUUUCUACAACAAGACGGGCCAUGGAAACCAACUUGUCUGUAGAAGCCAGCCUGGUGUUACUCUGAGUAAAGAGGAGUAUGAGAAAUCUCUAGAAAUAACCAAACGAUUCCAUGAAUCAGGCAUGAAAAAUUUCUCCAAAUAUUCUGGCGAUAAUCCAGAUUCUGGCCACCACCGUAGCAAACGUUUCGUUCUAAAACAUGACACUUGUGAUAUGAUCCUUGUGGCUGACUAUACAUUCUUCAAAGGUAUCGGCAAUUCAGACAGUUUGAAUACAGCCAACUAUUUAAUCCACAUAAUGAGCAAAGUUGAUCAUAUUUACCGUAACACAGUUUGGGAUGAAAAUCUAGGUCUUACCAACAUUGGCGUCAAAAUCAGACAUGUUAAGAUUCAUUCAGACUAUUCCAAAGACGUAUCUUAUAACAAAAAACAUGAUUGGGAGUAUAAACAAUUACUAGUGAAUUUUAGCUGGGAUACCCGAUUCUAUCGCUAUUGCCUUGCUCACCUCUUCACUUUUCAAAAAUUCCAAGAUGGGGUCCUUGGAUUGGCAUAUAUAGCAUCAGAACGUCUUAACACAGUCGGCGGUAUUUGCUCAUCACCUUUUUACCAAGAUGGAGUCUUCAUGACUUUGAAUACUGGCUGGAGCAGUUCAAUGAACACGCAGGGUCACCGUAUUCUCACUCAAGAAGCCCAAAUUGUUACCGCCCAUGAAAUUGGCCAUAACUGGGGUAGUGAGCAUGACCCAGGCGAGGGCAUCUGUUCCCCUUCAUCAUUUGACAAUGGGAAAUUCAUCAUGUACCCCUAUGCUGUUACAGGGUAUGAAUUAAAUAACUGGAAAUUUUCACCUUGCAGUAGGAAAUUUAUAAACAAAGUAUUGUUAAGGAAGUCCACAGCUUGUUUCUCAGAUGGGAGACAGUUUAACUUCUGUGGAAACGGUAAAGUUGAAAAAAGCAGAGGUGAAGAAUGUGAUGGUGGCUUUUUGGCCAACAGUGCUUUUGACCAUUGUUGCACUGACAAAUGUGUGUUUGGCCCUGGUGCCGAGUGCAGCCCUGUCAACCAUGAAUGUUGCACCCGAGACUGCAAAAUUGCCUCUAAAGGGGUCUUAUGUCGGUCAGUUAUAGGGGAUGCCUCUGAUUGUCUCCACAACUCCACCUGUACAUAUCCUUUACAUCUCAUGUUUUACUCCUUUGGAGUUUAUGGGGUUUGCCUCUUUUGUGUCAUAAGACACAGAAUUUGGGAGCAAAGAGCCAAAUAUUAUGCCGGAACCCUGCUGGGAUUUUUUUUAUUUGAUUCUGAAUUUAUUUGUUUUUUUUGUUUGUCUUUUUUAUAUUAUUAUCUAUAUCUUUGUCUCUACUUUUACAGUACAUAUAUAUGUGUACAUAUAUCUGUCUCUCUCUCUCUCUAUAUAUAUAUAUAUAACUACACUCUCAGAGUGGUUGGCGUUAGGAAGGGCAUCCAGCUGUAGAAACUCUGCCAAAUCAGAUUGGAGCCUGGUGUAGCCAUCUGGUUUCACCAAUCCUCAGUUAAAUCGUCCAACCCAUGCUAGCAUGGAAAGCGGACGUUAAACAACGAUGAUGAUGAUAUGUGUGUGUGUAUGUGUGUAUAUAAACACACACACACAGAUAGAUCUAAGUGUAUAUGUGUGUGUGUGUGUGUAUAUAUUCACACAUGAGAAAAUGGAGAGGAUUUAGAAUUGACAGACAUCAGCUGGUAAACAUUGAAGUAUGUCUGUUUAUUCAAAUGUAUUGGAUGAAUACAGUCACAUGUAUGAGUGGUACAGAUUAGCGAAUGGAAAAAGCUGGUAACUGCAUAGACAAUGGUGUGAAUACCUAUAAGCAUAUAGAAACAAGUGAAGUGAUGGAGAUAAGAGUGGACAAACGAAAGAAGGGUACUCAACACAUUUAUUGGGAGUUACAUGUAUGGAUGAAAGCAAUUUGAUUCGAGCAUGAUGCUAACCUUCAACCAUUUCAAAUUUAAAAUGGCUGAAGAUUAGCAUCACACUUGAAACCUCAGAAUACCAACGAAUUUGAAUCAAACUGUUUUCAUCAAUAUAUGUGCGUGUGUGUGUGUGUGUAAAUGUCGAAUGAGAAUGAGUGCUCAACAACACAUUGGUGGAUAAAAUUUCUUAAUUUUUGUAUUAAGGCUACCAUUGGUUUCAUGUUAAGAAAAAUAUCUUAAUAUCUUAACAGUCUUUCUUGCACAACUCUCUGGUGGUGGUGGUGGUCCACUCUCUCCGUUUAUCUACCUCUUACCAUCCCUCACUCAGUCGCCCUUUAUGUUCAGUGAACUAUUUUCUCCCCUGUGGGUGUUUACUAUUCUUUUCAUCUUUGUAAGCGAAAUGAAUUUUAUUGCCUUA